AUGCAAUUACUAGAGACGUGGGCAAUGAUGCAGUUAGAAGCAUUAGGUGUAGAUACUGUGUUUGCACCAUAUAUUGUAGGUAUGCUACCAUCCGAUGGACGUAUCGAUGAGAACGUACAAGACGCCAAGUUUAAUAUUCACCAGGUGCUUAUGGGCUGGUUGGCGCCAGAAGAUGAAGAACGGGCACGGAAGUUUGUGGACGAGCUUGUCAAGUUUGCUAAUAAUCCAAGGCAGCUCACGGACGUGGUGAUGGUAUUGACGAGGCAAAAAAGUAGCGAGGACAAGCAGAGUGAGAACGAUAUUAAUCAAAUAACAAUGGAUCAUGGUGAAGAGCUUAAAGCCUCAGCACCUACUUUUGUACCUCGCAUGUAUCUGUCACCCAUGGUGGCGGAGUUCCACCCGACGGGACGUCUAAAGGUUGAGUUUGGUAAAAUACAAUCAGCGUUACCUUCUCCAUCUCAUUUGCAUAGCAAUGACGUAUAUGAAAAAGAGAAGGAGGAGGUAAAUGAAGAAGAGAAAAGUGAAGAAAAAGAAGACAGUGCGGUGAUGCAAAAUGAAGACAGCUUUUUCUGGUCUGUGGCCUACGAGCUGGUGAGCCAUUUGCAACUCAAAUUCCCUGAUGUUGACCCCAAUCGACUGUGCGACCUCCUGCGGCUUGUAGGACUGGAUGUGGAUAAGGGACAUGCCGUGCUGAAGGCGACGAUCGAGCGCGAGUUGCUUGGUCCUGGCCAAGUGUGCCGUCAUUACUUGCAGGGCGAGUGUCGUCGCGCGGACUGCAUGUUUCUGCACGACACGGACAAGAUCACGUGCCGCUUCUGGCUGCGUGGCACGUGCUUGCAAGCGCAGCAGUGCGUUUUUGCACACGAUUUUUGCGAAUACUACUCAAUGGACGAUGACACGUUGGGCCAGCGUGAUUACGACAGCGAAGACGAGAUGGACCAGAACAGCGCGCCUUUGGAUGUCCAAGCCGAGGAUAUGUUUCCGUCUCUUCAGAGUACCGCGAGAGUGUCUUUCGCUCCACCGCUACUACCGCAAAGACGGAGCAACGCGUUGCUGACAGACGCUGCUACUAAUACGUACACAAGGACGGAUGAUAUAGUGGCAAAUCGUAGCAUGAACUUUGCUCGCGCUGUGGCAUUACAUCCAAAACCUGCAGCACUCACAUAUUCUUCUUCUGGUAAUGGUAGUUAUGGAAUGGAUCCGUCACGAAGAAUGCCAACUCCACCUCCUGUGUGUCGCUCGCUGUAUCACAAGGCCGGGAGCGGUGAGGGCAUUGGUACUAAGUGGGUUUCUACGGGCCAGGCUGUGGCGACACAGUACCUAGAGCUGCGUGAGCAGGCCUAUGAAAUGGCUUGCGCGCGCAAUAAAUGCUUUAUGGGUGCUACACAGGCAUACCGAAAUGGUAACAAAGCGCUGGCUAAGGGACUGUCAAAACAAGGGCACGAAUACAAUGCUAAGAUGAAGCACUUUCAUUUUCUGGCAGCGUCGGAAAUAUUUGAGUCGCGUAACCCGCCCAACCAACUGUAUAUGGAUCGACUGAUGGACUUACACGGACUGCAUGUAGCUGAAGCUGUCGAGUUUCUUACACAAAUGUUGCCUAAGCUUGCAGACGAAGGUGUGGAUAAAAUUUACGUGAUCACAGGCUCAGGGCAUCAUUCAAAGGGCCCGAACGGUAAUGUUCGUCUGCUACCGGCAGUUGAGCGUUUUCUAGUUGGUGAAGGUUAUCAGUUUACACCUGUAGCGGACGGUGCAGGCUUUGUGGGGAUGCUGCUCGUAGACUUGCAGUGGUGA